CAGACUGUAGGACUCCUCCUUCCUUAAUUGCUUAAUAACACAUUCAAGUUUCAAACUUUCAACAAACCCCACCUUCUUUCUUGACUCAAAAGCCGCUUUUGGCUUUUCCAAACCGCGCUUUUCCUAUAUGCACUGAAAAAGCCAUAAGCUUUAAGCUCUUCUCUCUGAUUUCUCACAAUUCAACUCGAAAAAAUGGCGUUUCAUCACCACCACCAGCAGACCCCUCACGAAAUGGCGUUCCACUCCUUCGCGGAGGACCAGCCGCCGCUCUCCGGAGCUCUGACGUGGCUCAACAACGCAGCUUUCCGCCAGCAGAACACCAGCUUCAGCGGCCUCCACGACGCGGGGAGAAACGACGACGUGGUCAUAUCGCCGUCCGGGAAGAGCAGCAGCUGCAGCGAUCGGAACCGGAGGGAUAUAAGCGGGUACGACGGCGGAGAAGAGGAGGAGGGGGAAGACGAGUUGGAGUGCGAGAGCGCGAGGUUCAAGGCCGACAUCGUGGGACAUCCGCUGUAUGAGCAGCUUGUGUCGGCGCACGUGUCGUGCUUGAGGAUCGCGACGCCGGUCGAUCAGCUGCCGAGGAUCGACGAGAAGCUCGUGCAGUCGCAGCGCGUGGUCGACAACUACUCGGCGCUCCGAGCCAAUGGGGAUGUUGGAGUCAUGGAUGAGAAAGAACUUGAUUUGUUCAUGACGAAUUAUGUUCUUUUGCUUUGUUCCUUCAAGGAACAACUGCAGCAGCAUGUCCGAGUUCACGCCAUGGAAGCAGUGAUGGCGUGUUGGGAGCUUGAUCAGUCUCUGCAAAGCUUAACAGGUGUAUCCACGGGUGAAGGAACGGGUGCUACCAUGUCCGAUGAUGACGACCAGGUAGAUAGCGACAUCAACUCCUAUGAUGGAAGCCUGGACGGGCCAGACACCAUGGGAUUUGGCCCUCUUGUUCCGACUGAAAGUGAGAGGUCCUUAAUGGAGCGUGUAAGGCAGGAACUGAAGCAUGAACUGAAACAGGGUUACAAGGAAAAGAUCGUCGACAUUAGAGAGGAAAUUCUGCGCAAGAGAAGAGCGGGGAAACUGCCAGGCGACACAACUUCUGUCUUAAAAUCUUGGUGGCAAUCGCAUUCCAAGUGGCCUUACCCGACAGAGGAAGACAAGGCCAGAUUGGUGCAGGAAACAGGCUUGCAGUUGAAACAGAUCAAUAACUGGUUUAUUAAUCAAAGAAAAAGGAAUUGGCACACCAACAUUUCAUCGACUUCCGUUCUGAAGAGCAAACGCAAGAGUAAUGCAGGUGACAUGAACAACCAACGAUUGAAGUAAAUGUCAUGCUUUUAGUCGAAAAUCUAGCAACAGAGAGCAAGGAAUUUAAUAUUUCUCGUACAGUAAAAGCUUCAAGCCUUCAAAUGGUAUGCUACCCAUCUUUGGAUCGAUCGCUUCGAGUCCGAGGCACCCCGACACUAUCCAUGUCUUAUAGUACCAUAAUAUCAUCAAACUCUAAGCAUGUAACACGAAAAACUCGAACCAGGUAGCCUUAAUGGACCACGUUUCGGUGGAUCUAGAUAGAUUUUUUGUAUACUGAUCGCAUAUAAAAUAAAACGCUUGCUUUCUGUACAUAUUUUUAUGAAUGAGAAUGUCUAUGAAGAA